CUUGUUCAUCUGAUACCUUUUCAGUAUGAAAUGAAAUUUGAUCUGUAUAUAGAAAAUGUCAUAGAAAUUAGGACUAGAAUAUAAUACUUUAUUUUAUGGUUUCAUUCAGUAUAUCUUAGUCUUGUCCUUCUUAGUAUUUUUGCCACUCUAGACUUACGUGAGGGAUGUCCCAUUGCCAUGAUUAAACAGUGGCUUGGCAUGGCAGUGAUUUUCUAUGAAGGAUGGGGAUCUUUGAGUGCAUCUUGGGGGUGGAAGGAGGACAGUGGGGAAGUAGAGGUAAUGAUUCUGAUUUUUGUAACAUUCAGUGCAUGCACACACCUUCCCGCCCUCCCUCUCCUGAGCAAGAAUUGAGUGUCUUAGACAAACUAGUACUGUAACCUUUAACUUUUAUCUCAGUAACCUAAAGAAAAAUUGCCUGACGAGAGACCUUGGUUUCAUCCAGUUAGUUGCCUUUCCAUUAUCUGCUCUCUGGUUGCAAGUGAGCAUGUCUGUAACAGAUAAGCACUGAUUUGUAAGUUGGUAAGACCAGCAACUGGUUCUAUCGAGUUGUUCUCUUGUUGUAGAAAAAAGUUCAGGUCUGACAGUGGAGGAAGGACUGGAGAGGUUGCUGGGGAACGUGAGCGAUCCAUUUAACCAAAGAGAUGUCGGCUUAUUUAUAGGAAUUACUUGAAGCCAGAGUCAUGGUGGAUGUAGGAAAGUGGCCAAUCUUCACUCUGCUCUCCCCUCAAGAAAUUGCAUCUAUUCGGAAAGCAUGUGUCUUUGGCACCUCAGCCAAUGAAGCACUGUACGUUACUGACAAUGAUGAGGUCUUUGUAUUUGGCCUGAACUAUAGUAACUGUCUAGGAACUGGAGAUAACCAGAGUACACUUAUACCCAAAAAGCUAGAAGCCUUAUGUGGAAAGAAGAUUAAAAGCCUUAGUUAUGGGAGUGGACCACAUGUCCUUCUCAGCACUGAAGAUGGAGUUGUUUAUGCCUGGGGCCACAAUGGAUAUAGCCAGCUUGGGAAUGGGACGACCAACCAAGGCAUUGCUCCCAUCCAAGUCUGUACCAAUCUCUUGAUCAAGCAAGUGGUUGAAGUAGCUUGUGGCUCACAUCAUUCAAUGGCUCUGGCAGCUGAUGGAGAGGUAUUUGCUUGGGGCUAUAACAACUGUGGCCAGGUGGGAUCAGGAUCCACAACAAAUCAACCAACUCCUCGCAAAGUUACAAACUGUUUACAUAUUAAGAGAGUGGUUGGCAUUGCUUGUGGUCAGACCUCAUCCAUGGCUGUUCUGGACAAUGGUGAGGUAUAUGGCUGGGGUUACAAUGGCAAUGGUCAGUUAGGCUUGGGAAACAAUGGCAAUCAGCUGACCCCUGUGCGAGUGGCGGCUUUGCACAGCGUGUGUGUGAACCAGAUUGUCUGCGGCUAUGCACACACUCUAGCACUAACAGAUGAGGGCUUGCUCUAUGCCUGGGGAGCUAACACCUAUGGGCAGCUGGGAACUGGCAAUAAAAAUAACCUGCUAAGCCCAGCCCACAUCAUGGUGGAGAAAGAAAGGGUCGUAGAGAUCGCGGCCUGCCACUCUGCACACACGUCGGCGGCCAAGACCCAGGGCGGGCACGUGUACAUGUGGGGCCAGUGCCGGGGCCAGUCGGUGAUCCUGCCCCACCUCACCCACUUCUCCUGCACCGAUGACGUGUUCGCCUGCUUUGCCACGCCUGCUGUCUCGUGGCGCCUCCUGUCCGUGGAGCAUGAAGACUUUUUAACAGUUGCCGAAUCACUGAAGAAAGAAUUUGAUAGUCCAGAAACUGCUGAUCUGAAGUUUCGAAUUGAUGGGAAAUAUAUCCAUGUCCAUAAGGCUGUUUUGAAAAUCAGGUGUGAGCACUUUCGGUCCAUGUUCCAGUCUUACUGGAAUGAGGAUAUGAAGGAGGUGAUAGAAAUAGACCAGUUUUCUUACCCAGUAUACCGUGCCUUUCUCCAGUACCUCUACACAGACACAGUGGACCUGCCGCCGGAAGAUGCUAUAGGUCUUUUGGACUUGGCUACAUCUUACUGUGAAAACCGACUGAGAAAGCUUUGUCAGCACAUUAUCAAACGUGGAAUUACAGUGGAGAAUGCCUUUUCACUGUUCUCUGCUGCAGUCAGAUACGAUGCAGAGGAUUUAGAAGAAUUCUGCUUUAAGUUUUGCAUCAAUCAUUUGACAGAAGUUACACAGACUGCAGCAUUUUGGCAAAUGGAUGGCCCUCUGCUAAAGGAAUUCAUUGCUAAAGCCAGUAAAUGUGGAGCCUUUAAGAACUGAAGCCCAAGGCUGCUGGGUUUUGUGAGUGCCUGGGGGUAUGGGCGAUGGUGCGUCCUUUGUGCUCUGCGGGUGUUGUAAUUUUGCAGGUAAAAAACCCAUUAGGUGUUUUUUGUUUUUUGUUUUUUGUUUUUUUCCCAUUUCUGAGACACAGUUCUCUGUGUAGGAAUAUAUGAAGGAUGUACAGCUUUCCUGAACCCGUUUUGAACAACUCUUGUUUCCAGAUAUGUAGAUUUUAAAUGUGACCUUAAUUUGGCUGGAAUGUUGUAAAGGGGUGAAAGUUCAGGUGGUUGUUUUUUUGUUUUGUUUCUGAUUAGAGGAACUUACGAACUUGGAAAGGGGAAAUCUGUGGUAAUUCUUCUGUUUCACAUAUUGACAACCCUUUGACACCAGGAAUUGGGACAGUCUGUGAAUUGUGGGAUAGUCAUAGAGGCCCCACCGUGAAUUAAAGAUGCUGACUUUGGAGCUCGUUGAAAUGCUGCAUUAAUUGCUAUUUCAGUAGCCAUACUGUGAGGCAUAGUUAAGAUAGUUUGAGGCUUUUGUAUUUGCACUACUGAGGACCUUUUUUAAUUUCAUGGUGUUUCAAAAUAGUAAUCAGUUUAAUCUGAGUUAAACCUAUUGAGAUGCUGAUCAUGUAGAGAUAAACUUCUAGGCCAAGACUUCUCUAAAGACUUAAGCACAGAAAGAGUAGUAAUUUAGGACUACCUGUGAAAACUUGAUCAUGAAAGAAAUUUUGUUUGGACACAGGUCAAUAUUUUAUAAAUUAGAAUCUCCACUACUAUCCAACAGUGUUUUGUUUUAUUAAGACAAAGUCCGAGAACUGAAGUUAAAAUUGCUCCCCCAUCGUUUCCCCCAUAAAUGCUCAUCAUAAGAGGAAAGUAAUGGCAUGCUCCUAUACUCUGGCCUUCCUAAAAUCAUGGCAGCUAGAUCAUCAGAUCUGCUACAUCAGACUCAGAAGUGGUUCUUAAAACCACCUUUCUGGCAGGACUUCUUGGAAUUUGUUUUAGCUCUUUUAUCCAGGCCGAGUAUCAUCACACAUUCGCUUAUUUGUAAUCUCAGUGGCUUUCAUUUUAGACUUCUUCAGCUUUUAUGUGUUAGGUAUAAUAUUUAACACAAUUUAACUUAAAAAAAGGAUCAAAAUUAUGGUUUUCCUGAAAAGAUCCUACUUAAAAGGGUCUUUCAAUUUGGUUUUGUGUUUGGUUUUGUUUUGGUCUGCUUAUGAAACGUGAUUUUGGGAGGAAGAGUGUUCAGCUCUGGGUUUUAUCAUGUGUGUCCAUUGAGCUUGCUGUGAGAACAAAGCUUUGUUCUGCUCUCUGGCCCGUGGACUCAUUUCCAUUUGUGGGCGUGCCCUAGUGAACUCUUUCCUGCUUGGAAGUUCCCUCAUCUGAACUUGGAGCCUAAAUACAUUUUCAGAGCCGAAUUAAUAGGAGGGGGAAGAUAUGCUGCAGCCGCUAUUUUUAGCAAUGUUUCGGUGUGGGGGUGGGGGUUGGGUGGGAGUGAAGGCUCAAAGAUAGUUCACUGAUAAGUGAGAUAACUACAAGCCUAGCAGUCCCAGUUUCCUUUUCUUGACCAUGUCGCAGGUGAUUGAAGUCCAUUCAAUUAUUAGAUUAGAAUUAGUUCUGCAACAUGAUAGAAUUUUUCUUACUAGGUUGAUAAAUGCACAUUAAUUUGAUUAUUAGCUAUGAUGGGUAGUGUUUGUAACAAUCACUGUUCUGUAGGCUUAUGAUCUGGACAAAUAAGAACUUCAGUAUGUUUACUAUUGCUCUUACUUGAAAAAAGAAUUAAAAAAAAAAGCACAAAUUAAAGUAGUAGAUAAAUUUCCAUAGAUUUGUUCACUCAUUCAACAAAUAUUUCCUGAAGUUCCUUAUACAGGUGAAGAACCACUUCUCAUAGUAGAUUACUGAGUAAUUUGUAUGAGUAUGUAUGUAGUGAAGAAAAUGGGAAUAAGUCCUUUGAAAAGUACUUGAGUAUCUUUUUUUUUUUUAAUACACUCUUAUUUUUCUACUUGGUUUUAUUGUUAAUUGUAGCAGGAAAUGAAAACUGUUCUUUGAAUUGUUUUUUUUCAUCUGAUGUAAUAAUGAAAGCCAAAGUAUUCAUAUUUCUUAAGAUAGCCCUAAAUGUAAUCUUGAAAUUCUUACUGGAACAAUGUUUGAUACUCUAGUAUAUAGGCUGUAUUUAUGUAAUGUUUAGAAUGACAUGUUAAUAAAUAAUCUGUUAAGACAUA